UUACCAGCGCAACUUUCAGGCAGCAUGAAGAAGGAGCAGGUUGUCAACUGUCAAUUCUCUGUUUGGUAUCCUCUAUUUAAGAAACACACCAUUAAAAGCCUGAUUUUACCCAUACCUCAAAAUGUAAUCGAUUACCUAUUAGAUGAUGGGACACUUGUGGUUUCUGGCAGUGAGAACAACAAUUCACAAACACAGGCCAACAACAGUGACACUGACGAGGAGGACAUACAGUGGACUGAUGAUGAAACUACAACAACAGUUACAGCUCCAGAAUUUCCAGAGUUCAAUGUAAAAGUGCAAGAAGCAAUAAAUGUUCUGGGCGGCUGCAUUUUCCCAAAGCUGAACUGGAGCGCUCCGAGGGAUGCAAACUGGAUUGCCCUGAACAGCUCCUUACAGUGUCAGAGUCUAAGCGACAUCUUCCUGCUGUUCAAAAGUUCAGAUUUCAUCACGCGUGAUCUCACACAGCCAUUCCUCCACUGUAGUGAUGAUUCUCAAGACCCAACUAUAAAGUAUGAGUUGGUAUUGAGAAAAUGGAGUGAACUCAUCCCAGGAGGGGAAUUUCGUUGCUUUGUGAAAGAGAACAAACUAAUCGCGAUUUGUCAGCGAGAUUAUACACAACAUUACCAGCACAUCGGCAAACAAGAAGCCAGCAUCUCCACUUCUAUUCUUCAAUUCUUCAGAGACAACAUUCAAUACCAGUUUCCAGAUGAGGACUUUGUCCUGGAUGUUUACAAAGACAGCUCAGGACGUGUGUGGUUGAUUGACUUCAAUCCGUUUGGUGAAGUCACAGACUCUCUGCUUUUCACGUGGGAGGAGCUCACAUCUGGCAAAAAUCUCACAGCCAAUCAGACGCAAGAGGAAACAGCACUGCAGGAUGGACCUGCUUUUCGGUGCACCAACAGUGAGGUGACGGUGCAGCCCAGCCCAUGUCUGUCCUACAGAAUCCCACGAGACUUCCUGGACCUGACCACAGGAGAAGAUGCCUAUAAGCUCAUUGAUUUUCUUAAGCUGAAGCGGGGUCAGCAGGAGGAGGAGUCUAAUGAAGAAGGGGAGGAGCCUCAGUAGUAAACUGGUGUAAAUCUGUGCCACCUUCCUGCAGUUUACUUCAAGCCCUACUUGUAAAGAAGUGAACUGGAAGACUCUAAUUGGCUGCUUCAGGGUUAAGAUGAAACUUGAGGUACUAAACCUUGUAGGAAGCUCCUCUUACUGUAUAUAAAAGGACGAUCGGUGCUGACCAACCAAAUCCCUGUCAAAUGCUUCUGUGCUGCAGAAAACAUUUUUAUGCUUUCUAUCUGUAAUAAUGCACACACACUCUUAACAGUUUCACUGUGCAAUAGAUAUUAAACUGUGCUAUGAAGUAACAAUAAACAUGUUUAAUAAUGCAAAAUAC